UUAACAACGGUUACUACCAUCUAGAGGCUACGGUUUUGGAUUUCCAGUUCCCAUACUGUCUGAUGAUAUCUUUAACCUUUUCCCUAUGAUCCAAUGCAUUAUCAAACUGAUCAUUCCCUUCAGAGCUGAGUCAUUGUGGUGAGUCUGGAUAAAGCGCUUAGCUGUGAUUACAGGACCUAAAGAAUGGUGUUUAGCAUUCGGAAGCGCAUUCAGAACCACCUGCUGGAGCGAAAACUCACCAAAAUACGUCUGGUGAGCAAAGAUGGCCGGUGCAACAUUGAAUUUGGCCAUGUGAAGCACAACAACCACUUUGCCUUUCUCAUGGACUUCUGGACGACAUUUGUGGAGAUCCGCUGGCGCUUUGUCCUGUUCUUCUUCAUCGCCUCGUACACCCUAAGCUGGUUCAUCUUCAGCCUAUUGUGGUUCUGGGUUGCCAAAAACAACGGGGACUUGUUGUGGCAAAACCCACCCCAGGACCAUGUCCCCUGUAUGUGGAAUGUCAAUGGUCUCACUUCAGCCUUCCUCUUCUCUCUGGAGACCCAGACCACAAUUGGUUAUGGUGUACGUGCCGUCACCCCUCAGUGUCCGGGUGCUGUAACCCUCAUUAUUAUCCAGGCAAUUAUAGGAGCCAUCCUCGAAAGCUUCAUGUGUGGAGCCAUCCUGGCUAAGAUCUCCCUCCCUAAAAAAAGGGCCAAGACAAUUACAUUCAGUGACAAAGCUGUUGUCUGUGAAAAGAAGGACGUCCUUUGCCUCAUGAUCAGAGUGGCCAACUUGCGCAAGACUUUGAUGAUCGGAAGCCAGAUCUAUGGCAAGCUUUUAAGGACGACCGUCACCCCUGACGGGGAGACAAUAAUCAUGGACCAGGUUAACGUAGAAUUCAUGGUGGAUGCUGGGAAGGACAAUCUGUUUUUUGUGUGCCCUAUCACACUGUACCACGUGAUUGACAAGGCCAGCCCUUUCUUUGAGAUGACAAAGGACACUCUCCCUAAGCAGGAGUUUGAGCUGGUAGUCUUUCUGGACAGCAAAGCUGAGUCCACCAGCUUUGCCUGCCAGGUCAGAAGUUCUUUCAUUCCUCAGGAGAUCUUAUGGGGCUACAAAUUUGAGCCCAUCAUCUCCCGCACCAAAGAAGGCAAGUACAGUGUGGACUUCUCCAACUUUUCCAAGGUAUUGCCUGUGGCCACAGCACACUGUGCCCACUGCUUCCACAACAACGCACACCACCUCCACUCCAUUAAUGGAUUCGACAAUGGUGGAUUUGAAGUGAUUGAUAUUUUAUAGAAUAACCUACUCUGACCAUCUUUAGGAGCCAAGGAAUUAUUUUGGGGGACUCACAUUUGUAGGUAUAGAAAUGGAGCAAGCACAGGGCAUGGGGGGUUCUGGGUAUUUUGUAACACCGCUGCCAAGAUUCUCAAAGUCAUUCUUAUAUGUAUUGUAUUAUCUGCCAUUCGUUCUACCAAUUUGCUUCAUUCGCAAUGGGUCCUAGGUGUACUGUGGUGUGCUAUUGAGAUAAUUGUUCAACAGCUCCACAAGGGUCAGCCAAGAGGACUUCCUGAUCAAAACAUCUUCCCGCGGCUAUGAUACAGGAUAGUAUUUAGUUAAUUAGGACCACCCCUUUACCAGUGUCCAGACACUGGUAAAAACACUGUAAAAACAGA